AUGUCGGCGCUGAUGCUCUUUCCUGGCGCUUCUCCUCGAAUUGGUGUCAAAGCCUUCCCAUUGGAUCCUCCGCAAAUCCACGCCUUCCAUCCCUCCCCUGCGAUGACCGAUCCAAGUCUGUUCAAUGGCAACAACCGCAUCCCUCAGUACACAUUUGUCUUCCCCAGCGAAUACGGGGCCAUUUUGACCGAUUCUUUGUCGCCUUAUAAUCCUGAUGGGCACGGUAUGCGCUCCGCCCAUAUGUCACGACUUGAUGAUUCGACUGCCAAAUCAAGUGACAAUUUGCAGAGUAUGCACGCCGAACUCAUCGAAAAUACACUUGCGGAGUUUCCCGAGGCGAUUGCGGUAUUGAGCCUGCGAACUCUAAAUGCUCGGAGUGCAGAGCAUUUCCCAGAGGCUUUACAACGCUGGUGCCAAACCAAAAAUUUGACACUCCGUCGCCACUUUUCCCGCCAGAAAAUCCUGAAAGAAGAUGCUACGACCAACAUCCCUCUUUGCCGUCUGGUCAUCCAAGGGCCCGGUAUUGAAGGGGAAUUGCAAACAUAUGGAAAUGGGCCAAGCCAGGCCGUCGCAGCACAAAAUUCCAGCAUGGCUAUGCUUUCUGAAUUGGAAAAGAAAGGACAGUGGAAUCUUACCCAGAGAGCCAUCGCUCUUCGUUUGUCCAGCAGGCGGGAGAGACUCCGCAAGGCUAGAGCGUUACUUGAUGAUGGAUCUAUUGAGGCCACCUUUGAGAUUUCAGAACCCAGUCCAGGUGUCUAUAUCUCCCACGCUGUUUUUCGAGUGCCAGUCAAUGAUAAACUGGAGAGGCAUAUUCAAACAUCUGGAUCCACACCACGUGAAGCAAAGCUGAUGGCUAUAUUGCGUUAUGUUUCGCAUCUGGAGCUGGUACAUCAGAAGGACUAUUUUGCUCUACUGUUGCAGACUGCCGCAGAUAGACGCGCAAGGCAAGCUUUACAAGAUUUAAUCGAAUCAUCUGAAAGAAAAUCAGUUUCCAAUGAUGACCUUCAAGCUCUUGGUCAGAUGUGGGAUCAGAAAUGCUUCCGAAUCGACCUCCAAGAGACCAAGUCGUCCUGUACGGCCUCACUCGUGUUGCUUCAAAAGAGAUACAUCCGUCCGAGUCGGCGGUCAAGAAGUAUCAUUUCCUCUGCCAGUUUUAAUGGUCGUAAUAUGCGUCAAAAUCUUGAAAAGGCAAUCCUUGGUCUGAUUCCACGUCUAAAGGAGAAAUCGGGCCUGUGGGCCAUACUUCAGGAUCGUGCAUCGGAAUCUCAGCUCUCCAUAACAGACAAUCUGCUUCAGGAGAUACAAUCGGCGCGGGAUGAUCUGCUUAAAGCAAUUGAAAAUCUCCCGAAUGUUGCGGCGAGCGAAGAAUUACCCCAGGGUUAUAAAAGAAGUAUUUGCAGCCCAGAGUAUGAACGAACCAGAUCCUCCCAACUCAAACUCGCUUUGCAAGAACGCGAGCGUGAUCGCAAGAAACGGAACCCUCAAGCUGAGUUGGAAAAAGACAAGCUCCCUGUCAGCAAGUUCAAAAAAGAGGUCUUGGAGCUAGUCAAUGGCAGCCUAUUCAGCGUUUUCGCUUCCAAAACUGGCUCUGGAAAAUCGACCCAGGUCCCUCAAAUUCUCCUGGAUGAUGCAGCUGCCAGGGGGAAAGGUGGGCAAUGCCGUGUCUUGUGUAUACAGCCACGGCGGGUAGCAGCCCAGCUCCUGGCCGAACGUGUUGCGAAAGAAAGGAAUGAAUCUGUUGGGCAGACCGUUGGGUGUAUCGUGAGGUUUCAUCACCGGGAUCCGUACCCUGCUGGUUCGAUCACGUAUUGCACUACAGGCAUUGCGUUGGCCAUGCUCGGAUCCCGAAGCAUGGAUUUCCUCGCAUACUCUCACAUCAUCCUCGAUGAAGCUCAUGUACGUGAUGUGGGCAUCGAUCUCCUGAUGAUACUUCUGAAGCGGGUUGUUGUUGAAUGCCAAUCGAAAGGGGUUCCCGUUCCCAAAAUUGUGAUCAUGAGCGCUACGAUAGACCUUGACCUUUUCACAUCCUAUUUCAGCGUCAAAGACUCAGAGGGGAGACUCAUCGCUGCUCCUUCUUUAUCUCUUCCUGGGAACGCAUACAACGUCAAAUUCCACUUCCUUGACGAUAUCCUCGAUAGCUUGACCACCACUUUUACGCCGGAAAAAUUGGGCGAGCUCAUGGAGUCAGACCAGGAAUCGACUCAGUGGUAUCUCAACGAUCAUUACAAAAGAUUUGAUAUGGGCCAUAUGAUAGAAGAGCCUGAUCUCGAGCAUGCCGCUCUUGCUGCAACAAUUCUCCAUAUCUUGUCUACCACAGAGUCUGGUGCCAUUUUGGUGUUUCUCCCAGGCAUUUCGAGCAUCCGAGCCCUCGAUACUUAUAUCCGGAGAGUUGCCGAACCCCUAGGAUUUGACUUAUCGAAUGAGGACCUGUUCAGGGUCAUCAUUGCGCAUGCCGAAUAUCCAUUGGAAAUGGCCAAGAUGCGUCUCCCCUAUCCAAAAGAAUGCAGGAGGAUAUUCCUAUCAACCGAUGUAACUGAGGCUUCGGUAACUAUUCCGGACGUCAAUUAUGUGAUAGACACCGCAAAACUUCACCGAAUCAUCCAUGACCCUGUUGGCGGGGUUUCUGAAAUGACUUGUAGUUGGAUCGGAAAGUCCAAUGCAACCCAACGAGCUGGCCGAGCUGGCAGAGUUCGCCCUGGAGAGUACUUUUUUCUUGGAACCAAACGACGCUUUGACACACUCCCAGCCUCCAUCUCCCCGGAAUUUAUACGGAGCGAUCUGCGAGCAAUAUGCCUGAAGGCAAAGGUCAUUGCCCCCGACAUUCCGAUUCCAGAGCUUCUUGCACAGAAUAUUGACCCCCCGGACCCUGUUGAUGUGAAUGCCUCCAUUGAGUCACUGAGGCUCCUCAAGGCGUUGGACAAGGACUCGGAACUCACACCUCUGGGGGGGGCUUCUCUCUCAAAUCCCACGUCACCCACAGCUGAGGAGUGGGGAGCAUUCGACGAUCGCACAGGCUUUCUAGGCACUCCCGAAAGUGACCAUAUUAGCAUGAUCAAGACGUUCGACAUGCUUAGAAAAUUGGUACAUGAAAAAGGCAUUCCAGCGGCCUUGCGUUGCGCCACAGAGAAUGGAUUGAAUGUCCCGAACCUGAGGACGGAUUUCUCGCUGGCGCAUCAAAUUCUUGACCAUUUGGCCAAGAUGGAUAUCAUCCCAAAGUCUGCUGCCUCACCAGCUGCUUCGGCAAAGAACAAAAUCUUCGGUGGACCAGAAUUGAAUACCAACUCCAAUAAUGAAGCCCUCAUCAAAGCUCUGCUGCUACAUUGCCUCCCGCGGAUUGCCAGACCACACUCAACCAGCCAAAGAUUCCGGACCAAAAACCAAACCGACCUUCGCUUCCCUGUUAGGCUCGCUAGUGUGAAAAAUCACUUGAAGCAAGUAAUUCACCGCCGACAAUUUGCCAUUUUCACGUCCUUGUUCCAAUCGCCUGAUGGCUUGCUCCAACCGAAGAACAUCUCUUUCGUGACACCGUUGAUGGCAUGUCUUUUUGGAAGUAGGCUCGAUUGGAGCCAGAACAGGUUGAGGAUUGAUUCGUGGCUUCCAAUCCGCCUUCGACUUGCGGGAACGUCAGUCUCAGAGGAGGAGGCUGCUCAUGCGAUCACCAGCUUUCGGGAAACUAUCGACAUGGCUCUUGACGCUGCAUUAAGCACCUUCAGCCCUGAGUUGGCGUUCGAAACAGAAGAUCAGCGCAAACAGUUCAUUCACCAGCGCUCUCAGCUCUUGGAGAGCUUCCGGAAUGCCGUCUGCCGCGUCAUCGAUGCUGACACCCAUCGAAUAACUUCUUUCCGACCUCCAGUGAAGUCUCAUCCAGCUCCCAACAGAGAAGCAGACCCGGUCACCGCGAUUGAAGCUUGA